GCGCGGGUCCCACGGUGAUCAGCAGAGGAGCAGGCACAGCGUGAGUCACCUUUGUUCCUCCUCCCAGUGCUCCUGCAGGUUGGCUGGGUACAGGUGGGGAGAGACCUGCACCUUCCUUCUGCAUGUUGCUUGAAGUGAAUCAAGAGCCAGGAGAACAGGAGAGGACUUUGUGCCCUGUGGUCACUUUGGCAUGAAGAUGAUGGAUCCUCAAGCGUGUGCUGGCCAGGGGAAGCCCAGCCUAUCCUUUUCCAUUGAGGAAAUAUUAAAGAAGCCUUCUGCCAGCAUCACCCCGACCAGCGAAACCAGGAACAGAAGAAACCAUGCUGAGAGACUUCCAGACCUAAAAGCAGGGUCACCACUGGCCUUUGAUUCUCUCAACAGGAGUCAGUUAGACUGUGACUUAUCAUCAGCCAAAGUGCUUUUUGCUGGCACAUGUGCUACACCCAUGGCCAGGGCAAAGAAAGUGCAAGUAGCUUACUGCAGGAGACCUACUGACGUCCCAGCUUCCCUUUUGGGUGAGGACACAGGAUGUGAUCACCUAGAAGGCAAAAGAAAACAUGAGGAAGAUGAAGAUCAGCUAUGUGAUUUCCCAGUGGACCAUCCACUUCAUGUUGAGAGGAAAGGGAAACGGAGAAUUCGGACAACAUUCACAGCUGAGCAGCUCCAGGAACUGGAGAAGAUUUUCCAAGUGACUCACUACCCUGAUGUCCACAUUCGCAAUCAACUGGCAGCAAAGAUAAACCUCCCAGAAGCCAGAGUUCAGAUCUGGUUCCAGAACCAGCGAGCAAAGUGGAGGAAACAUGAAAAAUUUGGCAACUUUGGUGGACUUCAGCAUCUGACAGAAGUUGAUUAUGUUCCUGCUCCCAAGUCAGAUAUCACAGCUCCCAGCUUGAUGCCAAGAAAGCUCUCUGCUACCAUCCCUGCCAUGGGAUACUACUCACCAUUGCAAGGGCAGCUGACAACUGCCUGGCUGCCCAGCACGCUCUCCUUCAUUCCUCACAGCCUGGAGCUGAUGCCCUUCCCAAAGCCAUGCUUGCUCUUCAAUGUCCUCCCCAUUUAUGGCACACCACUACCCCAAAAACUGGAAAGAAGCAGUAUCUGCGCCAGCUCCACAUAGAGGAGGGAGUGGGGAACUUUGGGGACAUGGUUUUCUCACCCAUUACUGUUUCGGUGAUGUGCCAUUCUUCUGCUCAAACAAGCUUGCCAGGAGAAUGGACAGACUGUGGAGCAAGGUCAGCUUGCUACAGGAGUGCCAC